CCUGUAAGUGUCCUCCUGCCUCACCUCCAUAGUGUUAACCUGUUUUAUCCCUGUGGCGAGUGUUAUCCUGUGAUGUGGCCUGGUCUCAGACCGGGCCGCGGGGGCGUUGGCCCCCGAAAAUGUCUCCAGGUAAACUCCAGGACCAGCUGCCUCUGAACGCUAGGUACGCACAGGAGGGGGAAAAACAGAGACUAAUAAAGAAGGACAAAGAAGCAGAAGGGUGAAGAGGAAGACGAACAUUUCAAGAAAGUAGAGGAGGCAAAACAAGGAAAGUGUAAAGAGGACAAAGACAAACAGGAAGUGAAAGUGUGGAAGGGAAAAAAAUAAAUUCUGGAGAUCAGAAGACCACAAGAAAGACCAGAGAAGUAGAGGACCACGAUAGCCAUGGCUUGCACUCUGAAGAGUGUUGUGGUCUGCGGUAUCCUACUGGCAAUACUGGAUAUCAUACACGGGCUAGUGACGUCUGGUUUCUACGGCUACCAGUUCAUCGUUCAGUCAUUCUACCUGUGCCCGCUCAACCUACCCGUAGAGAAGUGUCAUAACAAGAUCUACAUCUACGAGCAGAUGUUCCAAAUGCGUGUGUUCAUCGGUAUUGGUGAGGGCAUAGCAGGAGUUAUAUUUUCUGUUAUCUACAUCGUCGCGUUAGUCAAGCACAAGCCAUCGCUAACCUGGAUAUGGCUGAUGAAGUCCUUUGCUGUCGUAGCCAUCAAUGUCUACUAUCUCUCCAACUGGCUGAUCCGCCAAGGUCGUUACGACCACAUCAACUGGGAGAAGCACAGGUUUGAAGACCAGUUUAUCUACGCUGGUGAGGGUCUUACACUAGCUCAAGUGGUCAUCAUGGUCCUCUUCUGCUUCAUCGGGGCCAUCUUCACUUACAAGGUAUGUGAGGAGAGGACCGCAAGCCGCCGUAACAGCCUGCGCCACCGCCGCAAAUGGGGGUCGAACGAUGCCACGGCUCCCCCUCUCGACCACUACGAUGAGGAGGAAGCCCAGUACCUCAACGAUGCCCUCACUAACAGCGAGAAGACUCUCCCGGCCCGGGCAACCUCCAAGCAAAGCCUCUCAGAGAUCAGCCGAGAAGACACCUUCAAACAUUCCACUGGAGUCUGAAUCUCAUGGUCAGAGAAAAUCUGAGAUGAUUCAUUACUUAUGGGAGACGACUGUGUUACGUUCCAUAACAGAUGCUUAGACUUAUUUUAAGUAAGACUUAGUAUGUGAAGGUGAUAUAUGAGACACUUGUACAAGAUUUAAGUAACAAUCUCCUCCUCAUCUUCCAUUUUCUCAUCACUGGACUAAAGAAUCAAUUGCCUGGCGAAACGUGUCCAGAAUAAAGGUACGAAAAUGUUGUACCAGUGUUUCAGUUAUCAAGACUUGAUGUGUUUUCGUAUUUAGAAAACAAGAUUUUGUAUUUCGGAGAGAGUAUAAAAACUUUUUCGGUCAAGUUAGGUAAUGUUUCUCAGGAAACAAGACAAGUAUUUCAAUGGUCAAGCAUUUCACUAAAGGUUUUGGUCAUCUGCCCGAGGUCUUCCACUGGCUUACCACUCCACCCCUUCAAAAUUUUUGGUUAAGAUUAUAUCCAAUGCUUAUAUUUUAAUUAUCUUCAGAGAUCCUUUAUUUUAUUAACAGAUAAGUCAGCAGAAUUUUUUACACCAAACAAGUUAUUAACUGAUUAAGACCGUGUCAGGAGACGCUGUUAUUUUCCGACGAAUAACUCAACACUAUCCUCCCAAACAUAGAUUCUUGGGGAUUCCAAAUACAGAUGCAUUGACCCCUGUAUUGUUUAUGUUUCGUUGUAGAUAUUUUGAAAAUAGGCCAAGUAAUAUCGAAACGUCGUAAUAAGCUCCUCUCUCAUUUCUGCGGGUUAUUUGUGUAUUGUUCCUCACUAUUGUCACUUUUGUUCAUGAUAAUGGAGUGCUAGUGACGAGUUUUUUCUGCUGUGACCUUCUGUCAGGAAGACUUAAUUUUUUUCACUGCCAUAAUAUUACAGAACUUUGAUGUUCUCAAACUCUCGAAAAUACAUAAACUUUCUGAAUUCAUAUUUAACUUACGAAACUUUCAGAAAGUCACAAACAAAAUACUUAAUAUUUUAUGUGUUUAAGUACAGUCCUUAACACUGCCAGAAAAUGCUGUCGUAACAUCAUCUUUCUGAACGUGAAUUUCUGUCGUAUUUCCAGUGACUGGAUAUCCGCAUCCGCGAAACAUCCGCACAAUUUCUUACAUCCGCAUCCGCGUCCGCAUUUUACUGUGUACAGAUAUCCACAUAUGCAUCCGCAUCCGAAUCUGCAGAACAUCCACACAGUUUCUUACAUCCACAUCUGCAAAAUAAGUAAGACAUCCACAUCCACAUCUGUGGAUAUAUAAAUUAUCACAUCCGAUACAUCUCUGGAAUAUAUCAGGUAUAACAAUGGUUUCAGGUAUAACUGAAGAAAAACUUGCUGAGUAUAUUUCAUUGAUCUGAGGCGCUUAUAACAACAUGUUAUAUGUCUUUAGUAUGUGCUGG